CAGCUUACAUGGAGGAGGAUGACACUGUGGAGUGGACCCGCUCUGAACCAGAAUUCAGGAUUGUCUAUGUGUAUCAGAAUGGAAGCAACAAAGCUAAAGAACAAGACCAGUUUUACYGUGACCGUACAAGAAUGAAUAAUAAAGAGCAGGUAAAAAGUGGARACCUCAGUCUGACCCUCAAAUACCCCUCAGAGAGAGAUAGUGGAGUAUACAUCUGCACCAUCAACAGGAAAAAUGACAUUGUCAGACAGAAAGUCAUUCUUCAUCUUGUCAAAGCUGGAGCUGACUCGUUCAUAAUAGCCAUAGACAUCGGUUCAGAAUACACCGGCUACACCUUCAAUGUCAAUCCCARAGAGGAAGGAAGUGAGACCCAGAUUAAGAGAUGGGGUAAUGAACUUGGACUAGACACCCCAAAGACUUCUUCGUGCAUCCUACUUAAUGAAAGCAAACAUUUCGUAAAUUUUGGUUAUAAAGCCAAAACAGCAUACACCAGUAUGAGAAGAGAAGAAGCUGAGAAACAUUAUUUUUUUGAAAAUUUCAAGACUGCACUUGAUUGCAAUUCAGUCUACAAAGUGGAGGUGGAUUCAGGAAUGAAGUCUGUUAUGCUGCCCUGUAAAACCAUAGUUCGUCUGCCUGAAGAYGUAAUGGUAACAUGGAGAAAUAACACCAGCCAAUUAGUUCAUAUGCAUCAGGCCAAUUCCAAAAAGCUUGAAGAACAGCACAAGCAGUACAAGAAAAGGACUGAGAUGAAGGAAAAUUUUAAAUAUGGAGACUKCAGUUUGAUCCUGAAGAACCCGACAGACAGAGACACAGACACCUACACCUGCACCAUUUCCAAUAGAUKKGGGAAWAUCUUGAUAAAGAAACAAGUGCUGCUCUAUGUCAAAGGUAGAGGCCACGGAUCCUUCCACAGGAGCUGCGUUAUCUCCGCUAACCAGUGUUUCGACGGCCAGUGGGGUGCAAUAAGGAUCAUUGUCAGCYCUUCUGUUCGUACCCUGGCUAGCAUUGAGUGGCAGACAUUUAAANUCACCUGGGUCCUAACUGUUCCUGCCAACUGGGGUAAUUCAUCUAAACGGUUUAUGAGAGAUUCUGCAACCCAGGCUGGUCUUGUAACAAAAGGAACAAAAGACAAACUGAUGUUUGUUCUGGAGUCAGAAGCAGCUUUGACCUGGUGCUUGAAGCUUCAACCUGAUGGUUUCAUCACACAGAACCACAGCARAGACYCACAGGAUCAACCUGCAGGAGCAGCAGAACCUGAUACCAGCUGUAACGGCUUACCAAAGAGUCAGGUGGGAGUAGACAUUGAGAUGAAACAGGAAGAAGCCAAAGCUCUGCUGAACGAAGAAGUAUAUGUUGUUGUCGACUGUGGAGGUAACUCCAUAGACUUUGGUACUGCUUACAAAAUGUUUGAAGGAGGAGCUUUAAAGGAGCUGCACAAGGCCUCUGGAAAUGACCUGGGAGGACAAACUGUGGACAGAAAGUUUAAAGAGUUCCUCAAAGAAAUAUUCUCUGAAGUCUGGGAUGAAUAUGAACAAAAUCAUCCCAGUGAUAUUCAGAUGAUAAUGUAUGAUUUUACUCAUCUCAUACGGAUAUAUGAGGAUAUUGAGAUCUCAUGUCCAUAUAAUUUGGGACAACUGGCUGGGGAAAAAAAAGACAUAGCAAUGUUUUUUGAGUCAGUAGAAGGAGCUUCCUGGAAUGAAGGGUUCAUCACAAUCUCCAAAGAGAAAUUGAGAUCUUUCUUUGAUGAGAGUCUGCAGGGCAUCACCAAGAGUCUCAGAGAAAUAUUUAAAAAAAAUCUGAACAUUGGCUUCAUUCUCGUAGUGGGGGGGUUCGCAGAAAGUCAAAUAGUUUGGCAGCUCUUUAAUAAAGAGUUUAGUAAAAAUUUUAAAAUCCUGUGUCCUAUUAGAUCUCAGGAAGCGAUUCUUAGAGGAGCUGUAGAGUUUGGAAAAAAUCCAAAGGAAAUGUUGCUUUACCUAUGUGAUGGACACCUUAGAAAGGUUUGA